AUGCAAUUUACGUUAAGCAGUGCGUCGGUGUUGCCGAGAAAACGAAGGACGGCUGACUCUGAUGCCUCUAGCGGUUCUGAUGCCGAGCCUCUUGUCACGCCGUCGCGCUUCAUCAGCUUUGCGCAGCCCGGUGCUGGUGGGAAGAAUAGUGGAUCAGAAGAGGGAGAUGGACCGCGAAUGUCUAUGGUGGUAGAGCGUAUGGAGGAGAACGAUUAUUCUGACUUGGAAAGAGAGGACCAAGACACAAACACAGGGUUCAAAGGGUCUUUCAGUAGUUACAUCAUACCAGAACAAGAGGUUUCAGAGCAGACUAAGAAGUAUGGUAUAGGUGCCAAGUUGCUCCAGAAAAUGGGAUAUGUGGAAGGGAGAGGUCUGGGUAAAGAUGGCAUGGGAAUUGUGAGUCCCAUCGAAACUAGUCUACGACCAAAAGGCCUUGGAGUGGGUGGUGUCAAAGAGAACAAGGGACUUGAACAAGAGUCAGCCUCUAGCGACGAUGAGGAUGUAACUGCCGAUGAUAGAUCUGCAUUGACAUUCCAAAAACGAACAAUACCUGAUCUGUUCACAAUUAUAGAGAUGGCAGAGAAGGAGGGGCUGGCAGUUCCCCAUGAGAUCAAAGAGUUCUCUGAUAAACAUGCUUCCGAAACCAACGAGCUGGUGAAAUCUGUACAAUUGCAUAUGCUGGACAUAUUCGAUGACUGGGUCAGUUUGAGGAACGAAAAGAGCAGCAAUGCUCUCAGUUUAAAGCAAAGCGAAGGAGCACUUAAAAGUUCACAGAGGUCCAUAGAGGUACUGGAGAUUAUGAUCAAAGCCGCUGAAUGGACAUCCUCGUUGGAUUCAGAUUAUCCUGAUGUGUUAAAUGAAGUCUUGGAUAUGAUUGGAAAGACCGUUGACUCUAUUGAUUUGACUUCGGAGCUGAAAAAUUUGGUGGAAGAGGGCAUUGUUGCCAUGAUAUAUCCAACAUUCAAGGCCAUAAUCGAAGCAUGGAUCCCGCUUGAUCUCGAUAGCACAGAAACCACAAUUGUCAGUAUCAAACUGAUCAACGAUGUUUUCAACAAGUUUUCAGCGAGAGCUACGGAAUUCUCCAACCUUGAGUUUCCCACAAACUCCGAUGUGUUGAGUCCGCCAGAAAGCAUGAUUUCCAUCGAAUGGUUGAGCAAAAUAUCGCAAACAUUUCAAGAGUCAUGGGACCCUCUAGUCAGUGUUGAUGCAGCCUUGGCGUGUGUUUUGGAAUGGCGAGACGUGAUGCCUGAAUCAAUUAUGAGCAUAUUCUAUUCCGAAACGCUGGUUCCGGUUCUUCUGAAAACUUUGAAGGGAUCUGAGUUCUCGAAUUCUGGAGUCGGAGCAGAACUGUGGCUGAUUGACUGGCUGGACAUCGUUGGUGAUGCGGGAAUGCCUUUGGUUUCUGAGGUGUAUCAAGAAUAUGUCGCGUAUUUGACAAAACAGUGGGAUUACAAGGUUGAAGAUCUACCCGAAGAACUGACUGUUUCAUGGAGAGAUAUUCUCGGAGAUGACCAGUAUUCUCUUCUCUUGAUUGAUGGAGGACUUAAGAGGAUUGUCACUGAUUUGCGUUUGGAGCUUGACUUUUCAAGCCUCUCAUCUGCCCGGAGUGCAAAACAGAUCUUGGGCGCAAUUUCGAGGCUGCAGUUGGACUCAGCAGUCAUAGGAAAGUUGGUACAGAUAGAGAUUGUGGCCUCUCUCUAUAGAGAGGUCAAGAAUGCGACAGUUACGCGUAUAGACUGGAGCGAUCCCGUGGUCAAGAACAUUGGUUUCUGGUUUCUUUGGCUAGAGGAAUAUACCAAGUAUCCAGAGGUUCAAAGUGGGUUAACUGAAUUGGUGGACAUUAUUAACCGCAAGACUGAUCUUGGGAUCAGGAAUAUCAAGCAUCAUGCAACAGAGAUUCCACUUGAAAGACCCUCAAUAUCCACAGUCAUAGAAACGAUUGAGGGGGUUUUCAAGUCUUCGAGUAAUUCAGAUGAACAAAAUCAGGGCUCAAUCCAUGGGGUUACCACCUCCCAGUUUAAAGUGACAUAUAAAGAUAUCGUCAACGAAUACUGUUCCAGUGUGGGGCUGUUCUUCAAUCCUGAUAAGAGCGUCCAAUCGACUGAAUCACACAGAUCCGUGUACAGGAUCUCCAGACACUCAAACGGAGCAGGCGGAAUAAUAUGCUACAUUCAUCAGGAUGUGCUAUUUGCGAAUUUACCGGGAUCCAGCGAGUAUGAGCCCAUAGGGUUGGAUGAGCUGCAACAGUUGCUGGCCAAGGAUACUUGA